GGUUUAGACAAGCCCUUCAGGUAUCAUUUGUAUAUAUGGGAAUGCUGUUUGGAGAUUGUCCUAUUGGAUGCCAGUCAGUGGCUCUGAGGAUUGAUGUGAUGUUGAUGGGUAAAGAAAAGCACUAUCACAUUGAGAUGAUGGAUAAAGAAUUGGUGGAUUUCAAGAACAUAAGAAAUGCUUAGCUAAAGCCAAUCCAGUUCUAAAGGAAGAAUUUAUAUGUUCCAAGCUCUUGCCAAAUGAAGGAAAGCGACAAUUAAAUGAGUCACCUAUAUGGCUACAAGGCCAGUGAUCUAAGCUCAUUGUGGGAUUCUCCACAGUGUUACGUCCACUCUUGAAAAAGAAAAGCAACUACUAUUUUGUAAAAGGUGGUUGUUCAUCUCCUUUGGUACAAUUUUUCUCACCUCAACAUGUCUAAAAAGUUUGCCUCAAUUAUGCUUCCAUGUGCGUUCCCUUUCAAAGAAUUUCUUGUAUCCAUUUUUGUUAUGAUGUUACAAUAUAAUGCUAUUUUCAAGUUAUUUUAUAUUUGCAGAUCAUGUCUGAAAAGUUGUGGACUUUAGAACUGGUUGGAGCCAUCUAAAUUAAACCCUAUCUACAAAGGAGUGCCAUUAUUUCCUUCUGCAAAUUGUUCAUUUCUAGAAAAAAAAAACUGAUGAUUGGAUUUAAGGGGCUUGAUAUCUAAUAUAUGGACAAGAUUGUGAAAAAUAGUUCAGAAGUAAAGACAACACUAUCUGCAUGGUCCAUGGAUGAUGAGACAGUAUUGAAAUAUGGUACAUACAUAAUUUUAAGUGGAUGUUGGCUUACUUUCUCAAUCAAUGUGCUCCAAACACACUGCCCAGUAAUGUCUACUUUCUCCCGCACUAUCACAAGCUUUCCAGCUCCAUCAUCUAGCAUAUCAAAUGGAUCAACAAGCUUAUGCAUAUCAGCUUAAUUGGAUUGUUCUUCAGUAGCUUCUCUGUACAAAUUUUUGGAUCAAAUUCCAUUACUGAGGACAAGGCUGUAAUUCCUUGCAAUCCAAAACCCAGUCAGUCAGGAAUAACUUUAUGUUAAUGGG